GAACUGAACUUGUAAAUACUGUUGACAACAUGGUCACCGCCGAACAGAGGAGUUAGCUACCUCGCCGUAGAAGGGCCGUGCGGGAGCGAGGAUGAGUGGGGGCCGUGGUGGUCACGGGGCCAGCAGGAGGCGUGCGGCGGGGGUGGGGGGGCGAGGGGCUGCCGAGCCCCCGGCGUUCAGUGACGACAUCAUGUGUGAGGUGCAGGCCCUCUUCAGUAAGGUCAGAGGUUACCGGCGGCCGGAGGGGGAGGAGUGGCGGCUGCCGGAGGCGGGGCUUGUGCUGACGGAGCCGCCCCACAUCCACCCGCGACUGCAGCAGCUCAAGCGCUCGCUCAACGCCGUCAAGAACCGGCUCAGCGACCAGGACCUGGACACCUGGCACCAGCACACCUGCGCCACCCACAGGGCCGGCACCGUCACUGCACACCUGAGGAGCACGGCCAACGCUGAGCUGUGCACGCAGGCGUGGGCCAAGUUCUACGAGGUGCUGGGCACGUUCGAGCUGCUCCCGGCGGUGGCUCUGCAGCAGGGCGAGCUGCACUCUGUGCACCUGUGCGAGGCCCCGGGCGCGUUCGUCUCCGCGCUCAACCACUUCCUGCGUAGCGGCGGCGGCGUGCCCUGCGACUGGACCUGGGUGGCCAACACGCUCAACCCCUACCACGAGGCCAACGGGCGCACACACACCAUCGCCGACGACCGGCUGCUCGCCCGCACGCUGCCCUGGUGGUUCUUCGGCUCGGACAACACGGGCGACGUCAUGCGCCAGGAGCACCUGCUGGAGCUGCAGGCGCUGGUGCGUCGCCACGGUGACAGCCAGGGCACUCACCUGGUGACGGCGGACGGAAGCUUCGACUGCCAGGAGGACCCUGGGGAGCAGGAGGCGGCGGUGGCUCCUCUGCAGCUGUGUGAGGCGGUGUGCGCGCUCAUGGUCCUAGCGCCCGGCGGCUCGCUGGUGCUGAAGGUGUUCACGCUGCUGGAGCACUCGAGCGUGAGCCUGCUCUACCUGCUGUGCUGCUGCUUCCGCCGGCUCCGCGUCUUCAAGCCCGCCACCAGCAAGCCGGGCAACUCCGAGCUCUACGUGGUGUGUGUGUGCUUCCGCCCGCCCCCAGCACUGCGCCCCCUACUGGCCAAGCUGCUGCGGCUCUACGGGCCCGACAUGACCAGAGGGGGCGCUGUGGCGCUCUUCCCCGGCCGCUGCAUUCCGCGCUCGUUCCUGCGGCAACACGAGGAGCUGUGCGCCUUCUUCCACGACCUGCAGGUGGCCACCAUCACGGAGAACCUGGAGCUGUUCGCGCUCUCGGGGUCAGAGGUCGCGCAGAGGAUGGAGCCAAUCAGGGAGUGUACCGCACUCUACUACACACAGCGCUUCCAGGUGCGGUCGCUGUCGCGUAAGAGCUGGCUGACGCGCGGCGUGUGUGUGAGCGGCGUGUGGGCACUGAGCAGUGUGUGGUCCAGUCUGUGGGCGGGGCCUGGAGCGCCGCAUCACCAGCGACAUCAUCAGCAGCGCGGCUCCUACAACCAGCGGCAGCAGCAGCGCACACACACCUGGCGCCAGCGCCUCACACACACACCCUUCCACCAGUGGGCCGAGGGCCACCGCACACACACACACACGCACGCGCACACACACCCCACGCUCAGCGGGCCGCACGGACACGACCCCCUCACCUGGUACCUGGUGGUGGGCGGAGCCUUGGAGCAGGUGCGCAGCUCGCCCUUCUGUGAGCCGGGGCUGCUGGGAUUGCUCAACCAGGCGCUGGCGGAGGAGGGCGGGGGUCAGGGGGUCGGAGGUCGCGGGGGGGGCAAAGGUCAGAUGCUGCCCGUGUGCUUCGGCUGCGUCGCCGAGUCACCGCACGUUAUGCUGGCAGAGCUGAGCGCCCGCCCUGAUGUCACUUCCUGCCUGGUGCUCGGCCAGCAUUCCUGGUGGGGCGUGUCGCCCUCGUCGCUAGGGGCCGUGUCGCCGUCGCUAGGCUGCGCGGUGGAGUUCUGCCCUGACCCGUGUCCGGCGCCCUGGCUCGGCGACCUCCGACCCCUCCUGCACGACGGCGAGCCCUCGUACCAGCGGGACCUGCUGCGGGCCGUGCUGGCGGCGUUGCCGCGGCUACCGGCGGGCGGGGCCCUGGUGGUUCCGCUGCGCUCGGCUCUGACGCGGCUGACGUCCGGCCUGCUGCUGGCGCUGCACCUGUGCUUCCGCUCGCUGGAGCUGCACUGCCCCGCCCCCGGCCCCGCCGUGUGUGUGCUGUGUGUGGGGUUCCAGCCCCCCCCGCCCCCCCCCCUAAUGAGCGCGCUGCAGGGCGCCAUGGAGACCAUGACGAGGCUGGAGGAGGAGGAGGGGGGCGGGGCCAAGCAGGUGCUGCAGAUCGCCCCCAUGGAGGAGCUGCUCCGAGGGGACCUACCUCACUUCCUGUGCUGCCUCAACGCCAACGCCGCCCGCCAACGCCUGCACCUCAUGCUGCAGCACUGAACACACACACACACACACACACACAUUACACACACACACACACACACACUCACACACACACACACCAGCCAACGCCUGCACACACACACACACACACACACACACACACACACACUCACACACACACACACCAGCCAACGCCUGCACCUCAUGCUGCAGCAGGACUGAACACACACACACACACACACACACACACACACACACACACACACACACACACCAGGCAACGCCUGCACCUCAUGCUGCAGCAGGACUGAACACACACACACACACACACACACACACACACACACUCACACCAGGCAACGCCUGCACCUCAUGCUGCAGCAGGACUGAACACACACACACACACACACACACACACACACACACCAGCCAACGCCUGCACACACACACACACACACACACACACACAGUGUGAAUGAACUGGAGAAUAAUGCGGAUUUGUGGAGUUUAACCAGCAGCCUUGUUGUUUUCAUAAGACUUUUAUUUUGAAACAAAGCCUACCCAAUUAAGUCCUUCCUGUUUUUUUACUGUUGAGAAUCAUGCUGCAUUUUUUAGAAGAAGAAUCUGCUUUUAUUUUUAUAUAUUUAUACGGGUAUGGAGAGUUCUCUGUGAUUUAACACUGAUGUAUCAGCUGCCUGAGUUUCUUUAUUAAACAAGUGUGAAUAAUCCACUA